AUGGGUAUUGAUCACGCCACCAAGCAACACAAGAGAUCCGGUCACAGAACCGCUCCAAAGUCUGAAAAUGUCUACUUGAAGAUGUUGGUUAAGUUGUACACCUUCUUGGCUCGUCGUACCGACGCUCCAUUCAACAAGGUUAUGUUGAGAUCUUUGUUCUUGUCUAAGACCAACAGACCUCCUGUUUCCAUCUCUGCUAUUGCUAGAGCUUUGAAACAAGAGGGCGCUGCUAACAAGACUAUUGUCGUUGUUGGUACCGUUACUGCUGACGCCAGAUUGUUGGAGGUUCCAAAGGCUACUGUUGCCGCUUUGAGAUUCACUGCUGGUGCCAGAGCUGCCAUCUUGAAGGCUGGUGGUGAGGCUAUCACUUUGGACCAAUUGGCUGCUAGAGCUCCAAGAGGCCAAAACACUUUGGUUGUCAGAGGUCCAAGAGCUUCCAGAGAAGCUGUUAGACACUUCGGCAUGGGUCCUCACAAGCACAAGGCUCCAAGAAUUAUGUCUAAGGGCAGAAAGUUCGAGAAGGCCAGAGGUAAGAGAAGAUCCAGAGGUUUCAAGGUCUAA